CUCUGUGCUUGCAGGUCUCCCAAAGCUCCGCUGCCCGUCCCCAAAGCCGCGGCGAUGGCCCUGCCUGAAGGAGCGGCAGAGCCCUGGAGCCCCGCUGCGUGCGGCCCUGAGGAGCUGGUGGGGGAGCUCGGCCCAGCAGCAGGGGGCAGCGCAGCAGGGCAGGAGGCCGAGCGGCAGAGCGGCAGGUAUGAGAGGCAGAGUGGCUGCGCGUCGGCGACAGGAAGCAGCAGGGCUGAGCAGGGCGGCCUGCAGCGAGGAGAGCCCUGCGAGGAGCCGCACGGAGAGGCGGGCAGCGAGGAAGCGAGUGGGGAGAGCAGGCGGGAGCCGCGUGAGGAGCUUGGGCCCAGCAUCGCCUCACAGCGCUGCCUGCGUGCGGAGGAGGCACCACAUGAGUGCCCCGACUGCGCCAAGCGCUUCCGGUGGAGCUCGGCGCUCGCCUCGCACCGCCGCGUGCACACGGGAGAGCGGCCCUUCGAGUGCCCCGACUGCGGCAAGGCCUUCAAGAACCACUUCGGCCUCCUGCGCCACCGCCGCGUGCACACGGGGGAGCGGCCCUACGGCUGCGCUCUGUGCCCGCGCCGCUUCGGCAGCAGCUCCCACCUGAGCCGCCACCAGCUGGUGCACAGCGGGGAGCGGCCCUACAAGUGCCCCGAGUGCGGCAGGAGCUUCGCCGCCAACUCCGACCUCACCCACCACCGCCGCAUCCACACCGGGGAGCGGCCCUACGGGUGCCCGGCCUGCGGGAAGGCCUUCAAGAGCAACUCGGAGCUCGUCCACCACCGGCGCCGCCACACCGGAGAGCGGCCCCACAAGUGCCCCGAGUGCGGCAAGGCCUUCAAGAGCAGCGCCGACCUCAGCCGCCACCAGCUGGUGCACACGGGGGAGCGGCCCUACAGGUGCCCCGAGUGCGAGCGGGCCUUCAGGAGCGCCUCGGACCUCAUUGCGCACCAGGCCGCGCACAGCGGGGCGGCGCCGCACGCCUGCGCUCGGUGCCCACGGCGCUUCCAGAGCCGCUCGGAGCUCAGCCGCCACCGGCGCCUCCACGGCGGAGAGCGGCCCUACGAGUGCCUGGUGUGCGGGAAGGCCUUCAAAAGGAACUCCCACCUGGCCUGCCACCAGCGCACCCACACCGGAGAGCGGCCCUACAAGUGCCCCGCCUGCGGCAAGGGCUUCGCCGGCAGCUCCGACCUCGUCGUCCACCAGCGCAUCCACACCGGAGAGCGGCCCUUCAAGUGUCCCGAGUGCGGGAAGAGCUUCAAGAGGAGCCCCGACCUCAUCUACCACCAGCACGUCCACACGGGAGAGACGCCCUACAAGUGCCCCGACUGCGGCAAGGGCUUCCGAAGGAGCUCCAACCUCAGCUCCCACAGGCGCCUCCACGGCGGCCGAGCGCAGCAGCGCUGAGUGGCCGCGCGGCUCCGGCCGCUGCCUCCUGGCCUCCCACAGACCCACAGCGGAGCCCAGACUUCCCUGCCGUCCCGACAGCAUCUCGGCCUGGGCCCCGUUUCUGCUCUGCUCGUCCUCCCAGCAGCGAUUUGAGGGUUUCCUAAGGAAAGCAGCUGUGCGUCUGCGUGCUGCGCUGCUCCCGGCUUUUGAGCGCACUGAGGGGUGAAAGGGUGCGGAGAAGAGCAGCGCCGCUGCGGGGGCUUCGCUGGGAGUCUGGGGAUCACAGAAUUGUAGGGGUUGGAAGGGAGCUGCAGAGAUCAUGGAGUCCAACCCCAUCACUGGGGAUCGCUGGGAAUCCCCUGCAGCUGGGUGGGGAGGGGCAGAAUGGAGCAGCCCAGCACGGCCCCCAGCUCGCAGCUCCGGCCCCACACAUCCGCCAGGCGCCCGCUUUCCUUCUCGCCUCUCAGCUUCCUGCCUCCUCCGCUUGCUUCCCUGUGCUGCGGCCGAUGGCUCUCAUAGGGGCGUCCCUUCCAUCUUCUCCUUCCCUUCCCGCUCCCCUCGUUCCUAUCGGCCCGUCCUCCCUUCCCCCUCCCCAGUUCAGCUCUGUAAUAAACUGGGCUCGCCAACCUUGCAGCCGCUGCUUCUUCAUCUCGCGCCGGGGGUGCAGGUAGGAAACGAAGGAUUGCAGCCAGGCGGCUUCUGAGAGCAGCUGGAGCAGCAGCGCAGCGUGAGCUGCAAACCGCUGUGGGAGGCGAUGAAAUCUGCGUGGCGACGAGGAACGAGCAGCAGGAGCGCUGUGGGCACGGAAGGAACCCUGACCCUAAAACUGAGAGCGGUGCUGGAGGCUGAGCAGAAGAAGCCUUGGUGCGUCCCAAAGGGCAGCGCUGAGGGCAGCGGGGAGAUGCUGCGCUGGGAAGCAGCUGUGAGCAGGGGCUGCCUGCAGGGAAACGCGCCCUGGGCCUGCAGUGCUGUGGGGCGGCCUGCGGUGGCCGUGAGGCUGGAAGGGCCACGAUGGAGCCGAGGCCUCUGUCCCACAGGCUGCGGAUGGAGGCUGUGUACAGAGCUGCCGGCAGCAGGCUGUGCUCACGGCCCUGGGGGCUCACGGCCUCCUUGUGCCCCGUGCCGAGGGGCUGAGCCGGCACAGAGGGAGGCUCUCCGUGCCAAAGGUCCGGGCAUCAGAGCCUUUCUGCUCCCCGGGGCACAGGACGCUGCACUCGGCAUCAGCGCCACCAGCACGGCGCCUUUGUGUCUGCACUCAGCUUCCAGUUUCCUAAUUACCCGCGCUAACGACUCCUGGGGGCUGUGAUGGUCGCAGCUCUCUGGGGACCCAUUGGUUCCACAAAAGCUUCCUUCUGUGCAGCGCUGUGCGCCGGAGGCUGAUGAUGGACUCAGCACCGACUGCCCGUGGGAGCCAUCGCAGCCCGAGAGCCUCCCUGCUCCGUCCCUCGCCGCUCCGUCCCUCGCCGCUUCCUCCCUCGCCGCUUCCUCCCUCCCUGCUCCGUCCCUCGCUGCUCUCAGCUCCUCAGAACGGUGCAGCUGCUGCAGAGCUCCGGGUUUGGGCCGAAGGAUCCGGGCUCCAGCAGAGAACGGAGAACAGGAAGGGAUGGACAGACAGAAACAAGUUGUGCAGCUGACUGGAGGCUGGCUGGGCUCCGAGGGGCGAUGAGCCUUCAUGAAGCCCAUCGAACAUCGAAGCGUGGCUCUGCAUGUCAGAAGUGUGCGAAUGCACAAAGAGUGCAGGGGGGAUCUGGAGAGCGGGGGAAGGGGCUGCAGCUCCUCACCGUUCAGGACAGACAGAAACAACCAGGGGGGACCGAAGGCGCUGCGGGCCGGAGCCGCGCUCAUGGAGUCACCGAGGCUGGAGAAGAGCUCCAAGCUCAGCUGGGCACCAACAGCGCCCUGACGGCGCCUCUGUCCUCCAAACAUAAAGGCAUGGAAUGGUGCGAAGGCUUGGAUUCUGAACCCAGCAGGCGCGCGUUAGAAAGGCUCUGCAGCGUCCUACGAGCUCAGAAGUGCGAUGCCAUCUCCUGUAAGCCUUCAUCCUCGGUAAUUCAUCACAAUUAUAUCUACAUUAAUUAACGUCCUUGGUAUCUGACGUUCAAACAAGGCGUCCGAUGCGCCCCGAGCCCAGGUUGUGCACAUCCUCCGUCCUUUGCACACCAUGAGAACAGUGAGGCUCCUCAAGGGCCCGGCUCUUUGUUAGGUGCUUCCCAUCAGCUGCAGACUGAGGGCACAGGAGCGCAGGACUGGAAAGGGGCUCUGAGGUCUGCAGUCCAGAAACGGGGUGAGAUGGAGCCGUUCCAGGCCUGAUCCUGCCGGCUUUGCGCCCUUCCAUGCAUGGAGGCUGCAGAGGUGGCUGCGUGUGCGGCCCCAGGCCUUGUCUGAGCUCACGUGAACGAAGCCCUCGCACGCCCUCUGCUCUCCAUUCCCUCGCAGUUUCCCUUUCACCUCCCAGCACUGCAGGGAGGCCGCGGCUCCGCGCUCUGCUUCUCGUGGGCUCUGCGCUCCCUCCCUGAGCUCCUGCUGCGAUGCCUGGGCGUCCGCUGGGUUCCUGCUGGCAGCAAUGGGGCACGGCCACUGGGGAACGCAGCCGGCGCCGGGGCAGAGCGUCCUGCAGGAGAGCCGUGCCGCCAGCAGGGCUGCGCAGCCUCCAUGCAGUGCAACAUCACAAAGGAUGGAGGCGCCCGCAGCAGAACAAGGAUCACGAAGCGCCUGCGGAUCCUGCGGGGGAAAAGACGCGCAGGGAAGGGGGGCUGCGCUCCUGUGGUCCUCAAAGCUCCACCUGCUGCGUUUGGAGGAUUUUCACCUCCAUGUUCCCCCGUAUUUGUGAGCAGCAGCGACGGCCUCAGGGAGCAGAGGCUGCAGCAGCCGGGUCUCCUUCUGUCCUGCAGCGCAGGCAGCGGGCGGCCGCCUCCCGGGCACCGCAGUCCUCAGGGUUCGCAAGGCAUCGGCACCACAGUGAGCAGCAGGGAGGGGAAAGGGGCCGGGAGCCGCCGGGCAGAGCAGGGAUGGAUGAGAGCAGAUCAGCGCCGCCUGAAAGGCUCCUGAAACAGCAGAAAAUGAUCCUUCAAUCCACGGUUUGCCCCUAAUCCUGAACUCACAGUGAGUUUUGGUGCCCCGCAGCCAUGGAGCCGCUGGCGCCGGGCAUCGGCCUCUUGUUCCUGGCAGCAGCCGUGGCAGAGGAGCCUGGGGGCAGCGCAGCGCCGUCGCACAAAGCCUUUGUGACCAGACUCGGCUCCAACCUCGCGUCUGAGGACCGCAGGAGCAGAGCGGCUUCACAGCUCACGAUGGAGGCGCAGAAACCAAGCAGAGCCAGCGGCGCUGACUGUAAGAACGUCAGCAAGGAGAGCAAAACCAAGAUCCGGGCUGCCGGGUGUCAGCCAACGACCGCGGCUUUGCGACGCCGCGAUGGAGCCAGAGAGGAGAGUUUCCCCUGCCCUCCUGCAGGAUGAGCUGCGCCCCCAGCCGGGCGCUCAUUGCACACCAGCGGCUCCGUGUGCGGCGCUGCCAUUCAGCCUUCACAGCGCGUUUCGGCCCGGAUCUGCGGCCGGCGAACCUGGAGGGCUUCACAAAACAGAAAAGGGAAACGGGGGACCCCGAAAUGAUCGAAAACAGCAGCGAUGAUCCGAGGAGAAAUAAAUGGAUUUGCUACUUAUGGUACUGGAAGGCACCACGACACAGCGCAGCACGGCCUGAUUAAAAAUGAAGCCAAUGAAUGAAGUGCGAGAGCAUCCAAAGCUGCAAGGCUGACGCCAGCACUGCAGGGAGAGGCCGACGAUGGAAGACGUCAGACGGUGGCCAAGGCCUCAUGGCGGCAGGAAUGGCGGCAGCGCAGCCAAAGUGCUGUGGAAUGGAGCUCGACUCCCCUGGGACGGACGGCCAGCGCCGGGAUCAGCUGAACUGCAGCUGCAGCGCAACCUGUUCACACCGACAGCAGGACGCCGGCCUGCCAGGGCUUUGGGCUGAGCAUGAAGAGCCGCAGCUCUGAAAGCACAGCUCUGAACUGCAGCUCUGCACCCACAGCUCUGAACUGCAGCUCUGAACUGCAGCUCUGCACCCACAGCUCUGAACCGCAGCUCUGCACCCCCAGCUCUGCACCCCCAGCUCUGCACCCACAGCUCUGAACCGCAGCUCUGCACCCCCAGCUCUGCACCCGCAGCUCUGCACCCCCAGCUCUGCACCCC